UGGCAGUCCCACUGCUCACCAUUGCGUUCACUUCAGCUAGGAGAGGGGAAAAGUCGCAGAAUAAUUUUUGUACCACACGAACGGAAUUUCCCUGGCCAGGUGACAACAAUCAGCAUAUGUCCCGGGGCACAGCAGCUCAGCCAGAGCAGCAGGAUACAGCCAGGAUAAGGCCAGGACCCGUCGACUGCCCCACAGAGCCUCCAGUGGGUGGCGCAUUGCAGGCGGAGCCUGUGGGUGGUGGUGGUGCUCUUAUCGCCCUGCGAAUUCUCCCAUGCCCGCUGCGAUAAGAGCCAGGCGGAUCUGCCCGUCCAGUUCGGCACCAUGGGAUGCAUCACUAGCAGCAGCAAGCUGAACGAGCUGCGUGGUCAUGAGAAUGUGUUCCGCGUGCGCGUGGCCCACCUGCAGCCCACGCCGGGCACGCCCAUCAUCCGGAGCGGCUACCUGGAGCUGACGCCCCGCGAACUGAUCUUCCAGUCGCCGGGCUGCGAGCCCAUCGUGUGGGCCCUGCAGCAUCUCCGGCGCUAUGGCCUCAAUGCCGAUCUCUUCUCCUUUGAGGCGGGUCGCAGGUGCAUGUCCGGCCCGGGGAUCUACACCUUCCGGGUGCACAACGCCGAGCAACUGUAUCCCAUGUUCCAGCGCUACAUCAAUGCCGUGAAUACGGAUGCCUUUGUGCAGGGCGAACGCGAGAGGGUCAACUCCAACCACUCGGUGUCCGCGAAUAUGGGCAGGACGGAGGGCAAUAACUAUCUGGAGCCUGCUCCAAUGAUAAGCCGCCAGCUGGGCAACUUCCACAGUGAGCACUCCAGCGCAAAUGCUUCAUAUACGCUACAGGCAAACGACUCGCAAGUGGAUGACUCGCCGCCCAACCUGCAAUCCCCAGUCCUGAUACCCAGUGCCUAUUUAGAUCAGCCUUUGCGGGCGCUUCCGGAUUGUUGCUUGGAAGGUAACACCCCCGAUCUGCUGGCCACCCCGCCCUCGGGGAAUAGGUUGAGCAUGCGGAGGCGUACGUUGGACCUACCACCACUGGAAUCAGCCCCAGCUCCAGCCCCUGUCCUGAGUCCCAACGAUGCCGUGCACAUGUACGCCAAUGUGGAGGCGCUGAUCUUCGAUCUGAGCAACGAGCGCUGCUAUGAGAACGUUAACCGCUUGGAGCUGCCAUUGCUGCCGAGAGAACCGAUAGUUAGCCAAGAGCCAGCCACACCCACCAGCCUGGCUGGCAGCAGCGGAGUGAACUAUAUAGUGCUGGAUCUUGACCAGCCACGGAGUCCCUCGGGGGCGGCGAGUUCGCCCAAAGCCAUCAAUGGAUUCGGCAGCGGCCUAUCGCUGAUCACCACCCCAGCGCCGGCAGCUGUGACUGCUCCAGUUACUCCUGAGGCGGGCACAGCCUUGGACGUUCCCCCACCACCCGUGCAAACGCAGAGCCUCAACAGCGUUGCCGCCGACACGGCAGAAGCCCCAGCCAAUAAGGCAAAGGAAUGCUCUGGGACGCAGGGCUAUUCCACCAUUGAUUUUAUUCGCACCUAUGCUUUGAACAAGUCUUCGAGCGAACUGCCGGAACCAGUGACACAUCGCCAGCACCCGGCGCACGAUGCCGAGGAAUUGAGGAUCACCAGGCACAGCAAGUGCAUACGGAAGGCCUACUCCAUCAGCGAGUGAGGUGGUGGAAUCCGUGUGCACAGAGAGUUUACAGAUAAAAGAAGGCCAGGUUGAAGAGCCAGAAUGCCAUUUUUGAGAGAGUUCAAACCCGGAGCUACAGGGUUCCAUGACAAGAUCAUAUCCUUCUGGUAUGAGUCUCAUAAGAUAUGGCUCGAUUUUUAUAGCAUACUGUUGACCAAAUAUGCUGAACGCUGUGAAGUUGUGAACUCCGAACUCGAAUCGAACUCGCAACUUUAUGCUUUGCACACAUUUUACUUGAAGCUGGUUCUUCUGAUUUUGAAAAGCACGCUUUAAAGGUAUGAGGGAGAAACUUUGGAACUUUGAUAGUGGAACCAAAGGAGCUGGGAAGGAUUAGGAGAACGUGGUGCACAACGAAUUUACUGCAGUCGAGGAUCGACAGGAAGGCAAGCAGAGAUUGUGGUAAAGUGGAAAUCGAAGAGUGAUGUGUCCAAAGAUCGGUUUGCUUCUCCCUGGGCCAAACGUUAACGCAAACGAAUAACAAUAUUAUAACCAGGUUGUUUUAGUAGUCAGUACAGAAAAACUCACAAAAACACAGCCAAAAACACAUAGACAUGAAUUGCAUACGUACUUAACUUGUAUCUAAGGAUAGCGACUAGAGUUACCUAGUGAUUAGAUGAUUUCUGUACUGGCCAGCGGCUGUUUAGAGCUAGUCAUUUUGGUUUUGAUAGUGAGCAACACGAAAGGCUUUUAACAUUUAAAUUGUACAUGAUAGGUAUUUAAGCGUAGCUCCUAAGCACCAAUGUAUACAUCACCGACGCACGCAUGUGCGCUUGUUGUUGGCCAAGGCUUUGAAUCGUAUUUUGUUGCCAAAAAACAUAGGAAAACCAAACGAAACAAUGGUAGAACCCAUCGCGUUGCAUUGUCCGCUGUGAGUUUAUAAUUUUUUACAUAUAUUUUAUAUAUAUUAAAUCGCCAAAUUGUUAUUAAAUUUGUUAGGAAUCAUAUACACGGUUUGUCACACGGAGCAUCCCGCAUUUCACGCGCGCGCGGUGAAUCUAGGGUUUUUGCAGUUGCAUAGGUUUGCAUACUUACGACCGCCGCUUAGUCGGCGGUAUUAACUAUAUUAUUGUUAGUGUCUAAGACGAAAUAUGUGCAAUAAAGCUCAAACGACCCUGUAA